GACAAGAUGAGCCCGUCGACCUGCGCGUCUUACUGCUCUCAGUUCAAGUCCAAAAUGUACGGCCUCUCCCGCGGCACCGACUGCAUCUGCGGCAAUGCCCUGCGUGCAAAUACCCAGGUCGCCCCACUGAGCCAGUGCAACACCGCCUGCCGCGGCGAUGACGGCGCCUUCUGCGGCGGCGUCAACUACGUCAAUGUCUACGGCCCGGAGACAAUGAUGACGGCCGCGGCGUCCCCUUCAAAGGCCCAGCACAUUGGGUGCCAGCGCAUGCCCGCGCGCGGCGAUCCCUUGGCCGAGUACCCCAAGCUCCGCUCCGCGCAGAUGACGGUGCAAAUGUGCCAGGACCACUGCGGGCUGUACCAGAGCAAGUACUUUGGUCUCGGCGGCGCCGGGCGGGAUUGUUUCUGCGGCGACGUGCCGAGCGAUCGCGGCAACAGCGGAAGCAGCUUUUGCAAGACGGCGUGCGCGGGCGACAAGGGCGCGUUCUGCGGCGGCGGGACGAGCGCGGCUGGGUAU